UGUAACUCCUAAUCGCUUGCUUAUAUUGGAGGGGGAAUCAAAACCUAAUCUCCAGAUGAGGCAAUACUAAAUUGACUCGCAAUCAAAUUCUUCUUCUUUCCAAUUCCCUUUCCUAUUGGGGAAUCAGUUCCGAGAUUCAGACAUAUAUGAAUUCGAUUUCAUAAAUCGAUCACUCUUAUCCUCCGCAGUUGCCUUGAUUCCCUAGAAUUUCUCUCUAGGGUUUUUGUUUUUCCUUAACAUAUUGGGAAUUCUGCAGGCAUGGAGGGAAAUAAAGAUGACGCUCUCAAGUGCUUGAAGAUCGGUAAGGAAGCCAUCGAUUCCGGUGAUCGAGCUCGAGCGGUGAAGUUUCUCAACAAAGCUCGCCGGCUCGAUCCCAGUCUCCCCAUCGACGAUCUUCUAUCAAAGGUCGAGAAUCAGUCGUCUGAUGCCGAAUCCGCAAAUUCUGCUGGACCCAAAGUCGAUACUUCGACCAAACCUUCCGAUCAGCCAUCUGUUCGAUAUCGUGGAACUUCGAAUGCCACAUCAGCUUCCUCUUCUUCGUCCUCGGCAGUGUACACUGAGGAGCAGAUCGCAAUUGUGAGGCAGAUUAAGAAAAAGAAGGAUUACUACGAGAUCUUAGGGCUCGAGAGGACUUGCUCUGUUGAGGAUGUUCGAAAAGCCUAUAGGAAACUAUCCCUCAAGGUUCAUCCCGAUAAAAAUCAAGCUCCCGGAUCCGAUGAGGCAUUUAAGUUGGUGUCAAAGGCGUUUCAAUGCCUCAGCAAUGAGGAAAACAGAAGGAAAUACGAUGUAACUGGAUCUGAAGAGCCUGUUUUUCAGAGACGCACAACUAGGCACGCCGGGCAGGGUUACAACGGAUUUUACGACACUGACUUUGAUGCUGAUGAGAUAUUUAGGAACUUCUUCGGUGGAAUGGCUCCUGCAACAGCUCAGUUCAGGACCUUCAACUUCGGGGGAGGUAUGGGGCAUAGGACUGGCGAUCAGGGAUCCGGUGGUUUCAAUAUGCGCGCUCUUAUUCAGUUGCUGCCGGUGAUACUGAUUUUGUUGCUGAACUUUUUGCCAUCCUCGGAACCUAUCUACUCUCUCUCAAGGGUGUAUCCAUACGAGUACAAGGUCACCACGGAGCGGGCAGUUAAUUUCUAUGUUAAGUCGACUAAGUUCGAGCAGGAUUACCCUCUUGGGACUGCAGAACGUGCGAAACUUGAGAGAAGAGUGGAGAGGGAUUAUGUUUCUGCUUUGGCACAGAACUGUAGGUACGAGAUGCAGAGGCAGCAGUGGGGAUUCAUAAAGGAGACUCCUCAUUGUAACAUGUUGCAGCAAUUUCAGUCAGCUGGUGCUUGAAGACUGCGGUUGAGAUAAAUUGAGGCGUGUACAGGUGAAUGAGAGGAAGGAGAGUUAAUCGGAAAGGCUCUCCUGCACUUGUUUGAGGGUGUUUCUGAGAUGGGAUGGGCCAAAUGGUAUGAUUGUUCCUUGUUGGAUGUUAGAAAUGGGAAAUGGGAGGGGCUCUCCUCGCCCUCCCCCAACGCGCUUUCAAUUGGAAGAUGGAUGGUAUAAUUGUUUUUCUUGCUGGUUGAUUACUUGUUCUAUCUAGGCAAAUUUUGUUGGUCU